AUGAACAAUUAUGUUGCUAAUUCAUCUUAUAAUUAUUAUCAAAGUUCAUAUUUUCCGACUUUUCGUGAUCGAAGAUAUACUUUCUUUAUGACUCAAAGACCUACAAUAAUGAAUGCUGGGCUUAGUGGACUUCUGGCUUAUGGUUUACAAUCAAUUGGAAUGCCACAAACGGUGGUAAAUCUUGGUUAUCGCUUUGGUUAUUUUAUAGAUGCAAAUGUUUAA